UUUCCUGCUACUCUCAAAGUGGUGCGGGCAAGCUUGAGCAAACCCUAGCGAGAGAGAAGAGAGGGCGCGCAAAUGGAAGAGGAAAUCGUAGCCGAAUUCAAGAAGAGCGGGUUCGAUCUCGACGAAGAAGCAGAGAUUGCCAAGAAAUGUCUUACUUUCUGCAUAAAUUACAGUCUCAAGCCCUCAGACCUAGUCUCGAGCUGGGAGGUUUACUAUCUCAACAGGCAAUUGGGUGGGGCGACUGUGCAAAAUGCUGAAAUGGACGGGUUUUUACAGCACUUGCAAAAUGAGCAGAAAGAGGUGGUUAUUAAGGAGGAGCCUGAUUUGCAUUUCUACUCAAGUAAAGAUGUGGACAUGAUUUUGAAUGAUGAAGAAAUAGACACAAAAGAAGGUAUUUUAAGCUCUCCAACAGACAGAUCUCAGAGAGUUUUUUCAGAGCCAUUUGAUUCAACGCCUCAAACAAAUGGGAACAUAUUUUCUUCUGGUAAAACAUCAAAACUUGUGACACCCUUCGGACAACGAACCAAUAAGUUUUUGGUGAAAUUUAGCAUCAAUAAUGCGCCCAAUACCGAGAACAUUGAAAAGAAGCAUGAUCAGGAGAAUAAUGAGGAUGAUAUUAUUAAAAGGGUUCAACCCCGCAUGAGGUGUUCUCUGAUAGUUCAUGGAUCAGGGCCUGAACCAGGUUGUAGGUUCAUGUAUGACAGGAUUGAAGAUAGGUUUAAUGCACUGGAAAACAGAAUUAAGAAGCGUGCAACUGCACUUGUUGCAUCCGGGCUCUAUGAAGAACCAGUGGACCCUACAGUUGCUUCCCAGAAAAGCAUAUUUACUGUUGGCAUGAUCUGUUGUGAUGGAGAAGGUUAUUUAAAUGAGAAGUCCGCCUUGUUACAAAGCAGUGUUGAGCAUUCUGGAGGGCAACGUGUUCGUCUAGAAUUACAAAAAUUGAACCAGUUUUCAGUUUUCCCAGGCCAGGUAGUAGGUGUUGAAGGGCAUAAUCCUAGCGGACACUGCCUAAUUGCAUCAAAACUGGUAGAUUCUGUUCCUUUGUCUGCUACUGCUGAUGUGAAUUUGCCUCCUGCAAAGAAACAAGCUUUAGAUCAGGAGGUUCAGCCGGCUGAUCUGUCUCCUACACAGGCAGAGCUAUCAGUGAUUAUUGCAUCGGGCCCUUUUACCACAGCGGACAACUUAUUGUUUGAGCCUCUGACAGAACUGCUAGCAUAUGCAACAAGAAAGCUGCCCCAGGUGCUUAUAUUGCUGGGACCAUUUGUUGAUUCUGAACAUCCAGAGAUUAAGAAAGGAACUAUGGACAGGAGCUUUGAUGAAAUAUUCCAGAUGGAAGUUCUGAGAAGGUUGCAAGAUUAUGCAGAAUACAUGGGUUCUGAUACACGCGUGGUUCUUGUGCCAUCUAUACGUGAUGCAAACCAUGACUUUGUUUUCCCUCAGCCUGCUUUUGAUAUCCAUCCACCUGAUCUCAAGGAUCAGAUAAUCAGUCUCACAAAUCCAGGCCUUUUUGAGGCAAAUCAGGUCAAGAUAAGUUGCUGCACCGUGGAUAUUCUAAAACACCUUAGCGGAGAGGAGAUGUCACGGAAUCCAACAGAUGGAACACCCAGUGAUCGCAUGAGUAGACUUGCAAAUCAUGUUCUUUGUCAGCAGAGCUUUUAUCCUCUAUAUCCACCAGCAGAAGGCAUUCCAUUGGAUUUCUCACUUGCUGCAGAAGCUCUUCAUAUCUCUUCAAUUCCAGAUAUUCUCAUCCUACCUUCGGAUAUGAAAUAUUUUGUAAAGGUGCUGUCCUCUGGGGAAGGAAGUGAAGGGGAAGAGCAAGCGAAAUGCAUUUGUGUGAAUCCAGGAAGACUGGCAAAGGGAGAAGGAGGGGGCACUUUUGCAGAGCUUAACUACCGCGGUGGUCCUGACACAACCAAUACUUGUAUCAUUGGCAUAUAAAUCCAGGAGUAAAUUAUUCAAUGCCUCUCAUUAAGCUGCUUGGUGUAAAUUGAAGAUGGAGAUCCCAAGUCAGAUUUAUUGAAUUAAUCAUUGGGUUCAAAAAGCUCAAUGGCCUGCGGUAGACCACAUUAAGUUAUGCAAGUUCAUUCCAAUUUAGACACAGUCUUGUCAUUAAGAAGAUGUGUUCCUCCUACAGUCAGUGUUGGGGCCAAUAUAAUGAUAGGUUCUUG